AUGCGAAGGUUACGAGCUCCGACGGUUUUACUCUGCGGUGUUGUUCUGAUUCAACUGUUUGCUGCUCAAAUCGAUGCUCAGACAUCCAGAAGUCCAUGGCAGACGCUCAGUGGUGACGUUCCUCUUGUGAUUGCUCGUGGUGGGUUUUCUGGAUUGGUUCCAGAUUCGAGUCUCGAUGCUUACGCUUUUGCAGUCCAGACAAGUGUACCUGGUACUGUUCUAUGGUGUGAUGUUCAGCUAACUAAAGAUAAACAUGGGAUUUGCUUCCCUGAUUUAACAAUGAGCAAGGCUUCAACUAGUGAUGGGUGGACCCUGCUUCGCCAGAAAUCUUACCUGGUUGAUGGAGUCUCUACUCAGGGUUGGUUCACCAUUGAUUUCUCCUUGAGAGAUCUCAAGAAUUUUUUCUUGAUCCGAGGAAUAUUAGCUCGGUCAGAAAAAUUCGAUGGAAACCGAUACGCGAUUUUGACGGUUCAAAACGUAGCCAAGCAGAUUAAACCCGAUGGUUUUUGGUUAAAUUUUCAGCAUGAUGAGUUCUACGAGCAACAAAAUUUUAGCAUGAGCAGUUUUCUGUUAUCAGCUUCACGAACUAUUUCCAUUGACUACAUCUCUUCCCCUGAAGUGAAAUUCUUUAAGAAAAUUGCUGGCCGCUUGGGGCCUAAUGGACCGAGUUUCGUGUUCCAGUUUCUUGGGAAAGACGAUUACGAGCCCACAACAAACCAAACCUACGGUUCUAUCUUGAGUAACCUAACUUUUGUCAAGACGUUUGCUUCAGGGAUUCUUGUUCCCAAGUAUUACGUAAUGCCACUCGAUAAGCAGUACUUGCUUCCUCCUACAUCCUUAGUUCAAGAUGCUCACAAAGCUGGAUUACAAGUAUAUGUGUCAGGUUUUGCAAAUGAUGUUGAUAUUGCAUACAACUACAGUUUCGAUCCAGUUUCUGAGUAUCUAUCUUUUCUUGACAAUGGCAAUUUCUCUGUCGAUGGCGUGCUCUCUGAUUUUCCCAUAACUGCAUCUGCAUCCAUUGACUGCUUCUCCCACAUUGGCAGAAAUGCUACAAAACAAGUGGAUUUUCUUGUUAUAUCAAAAAAUGGUGCGAGUGGAGACUUUCCUGGAUGUACAAACUUGGCAUAUGAGAAGGCAAUCAAAGAUGGUGCUGAUGUUAUCGAUUGCUCGGUCCAAAUGUCCAGCGACGGUAAACCCUUUUGCUCAAGUUCCAUCAAUCUCAGGGACAGCACAACGGUAGCCCAAACUCCUUUCAGAAACCGUUCAACAAAUAUUUCUGAGAUUAGCUCAGAUGAGGGAAUCUACACUUUUAGUCUCACAUGGCCUGAGAUCGAGCUCUUGACUCCUGCUAUUUCAAAUCCCUUCAGGGAAGACUACAGUAUGUUUAGGAAUCCAAAUGAGAGAAAUUCUGGGAAGCUUCUUUCGCUCUCUGAAUUCCUAAACUUGGCAAAGAACUCCAAUUCUCUCUCCGGUGUUUUGAUCAGCGUGGAGAAUGUAGUUUACCUGAGAGAGAAGCAAGGGCUCGACGUGGUCAAAGCUGUUCUCGAUACACUCACGGAAACCGGUUAUAGCAGUGGAACAACCACAACAAAGGUCAUGAUUCAGUCAACAAACAGCUCGGUUCUAGUUGACUUCAAGAAGCAGAGCCUGUACGAGACUGUCUACAAAGUUGAAGAAACCAUUAGUGAUAUUCUCGACUUUGGUGUCGAAGACAUAAAGAAAUUUGCUAACGCUGUUGUCGUCAGAAAAUCAUCAAUUUUUCCCCAUGCUGAUGCGUUCGUCACUGGGGAAACCAAGGUUGUGCAGAGGCUGCAUAAGUUUCAGCUCCCGGUCUAUGUGGAACUGUUUCAGAAUGAGUUUGUAUCUCAACCAUUUGAUUACUUCUCUGAUCCAACUGUUGAGAUAAAUUCAUAUAUCACUGGAGCUGGUAUCAAUGGAACCAUCACCGAGUUCCCUUUAACAGCUGCAAGAUACAAAAGGAAUCGGUGUUUGGGCAGAAAAGAAACUCCAUCUUACAUGAUCCCUGUCCAACCUGGUGGCCUCUUAACCAUUGUGAGUCCUACGUCCUUACCUCCAGCCCAAGCUCCAAACCUGGUUAUCACAGAUGCUGAUGUCUUUGAGCCACCACUACGUCCCAUUACAGCAGAAGCCCCAACAUCAACCCCUGGAACCUCAUCAACCAAUACUCAAGCACCUAAGGGACAAACUCGACUCACUCUAUCUCUUAUCCUCUUUCUUUUGGCCUCUCUUCUACUUCUGUGA